GCACCAGGACGCAUCUCUCUCUCUCUCUCUCUCUCUCUUUCCACUGAGGCUGUUUUAACUUUCUGAGGGUGACUACAUUUCAGUCGUCUCUCAAGGUAAACGGUUUAUUGGGGAGGGGAGACCUUCGUGUUUAUAGGGGAGAGAGAUUACGAGCUGUGACGGCGGUGGGUUGUUUUUUUUUUUUCAUCUGUCGAGAGGAGACCUGUUCGCCAGAAAUGAUUGGCUAUUUCAUGAAAAUGAGAAAGUCGGAGAAAUGUCUUUUUCCCUGGGCGACACCUUCAGCAGCCCAGCCAUAAUGCACAAACGGAAACAAGCGAGUGUUUGCUUCUUUCAAACAAUAUCUGGAUUGUCAAGAACUCAAAGAUUCCCACUGCUGAAUGCCAUCCACACACUUUAAUUGACAUCAGCAGUGCCACUGAGAAGUACAUCCUGUCUUAUUCCACCUGAAACUUUAAAUCUAACGACCUAACAUCACAGAGAAGCACCACCCGUUCAUCUUUAGGCCUUGGUUAUUAUGGAGAAUCUCAGUGAGCUCCAGAACCCAUUGUUGGACAAAAACAGUAAGCACAUGGUCAACGGUUAUGGGGGCGACUUCCCAAAUAACCAGUACCAGGAAAAUAUUAUCAAUUACUUUGCUGGAGGAGGAGGAGGAGGAGGAGGAGGAGGUGUAGGUGAGGGGGGAGGAAAAGUGAGUAAUGGCAACGUAGGGAGCGUAGGGAGCUGUAACACCAAUGGGAAGAUAAAAUCCCAGCAGCUUUUGGACGCCACCUCUCUGCAUCUGGCGGUGGAGGCGUUCUACAGGCCAAAUUUUAUCCUGUACAAGGAGGACAGCAGCAGCAUCAAAGCUAAGGAAUACAAAAGCGAGUGCUGCGAGACCACCUUCACAGAGAAGAAGGCGAAGGAGGCAUCCAACACGGCAGGGGCUGACACGCCUGGCACGGAGGAUCCCCAGGCCAAGCUGCUGGAAGAUGGCGAACACGUCAAGAUCCAAACCGUUUCCUACGAGGUGGAGGAGGAGGAGUAUGUGGAGUAUGAGACGGACUGCUCCAGCGACAGCGAGAGCGAGGACAACUUCAUCGUCGUCCCUCCUCGAGACCACCUGGGCCUGGCCAUCUUCUCCAUGCUCUGCUGUUUCUGGCCUCUGGGGAUUGCAGCGUUCUACUUCUCACAGGGGACCACCAAGGCAGUGAACAAAGGUGACUUCCCUCUGGCCAACAUCGCCUCUCGACGAGCUCUGUUCCUCGCCGCCCUCUCCAUCACUAUAGGCACCGGCGUGUACGUGGGAGUGGUGGUAGCUCUCAUCGCCUACCUUUCAAAACCAGGACACAUAUAGCACUUCUGCACCUUCCCCUCGACACACACCUCCGGGGAGCCCAUAGGAAGGAGAACAACUCCCUCUCUUGGGAACGGCAUUGCUCCAGCCGACUUCGAGGGAAAGUUUUUUUUUUUCGGGGAUGUACAGUUUUCUCCUCCACCUUUCUUUUCUUUCCAGCUUUCUCUCCCUGCAGGCCUUCUGUCAGCCAAGAUUAGACGCACUGACUGGAGAGGGGUCAAGCUGGGGGGUGAGAAGACUGGGAAUUGGGGAUAGACAAAGUUUUUUGUUGAUACAGAGAAACAGUUUAAGUAAUGCAAGUAUUCCAUGUUGGAGUCCAGUUUGCAUCCCAUUAACUUUGGCUGGAUUUCCAUCGUCCAAAUCCCUGGCAGAAGAAUCAAGGAGAACAGACUGAGACAAUAACUCUUUAGCAUUUGUUAAAAAGCAAAGGUUGAGGAAGGUUAGAAAGCAACACAAAAUCACUCUCAAACCAAGUCCUUGUUGUUGUUCUUUGCGCUCCAGUUGAAAUCGUAGCCUCUCUGUGGAGUCCUGUCUCUUCCUGUCACAGUUUGCCACACAGGGCCGUCUUUAAUAGACCGUGAGCUUCCCGUAUCAACUCAAAACACCGAGACUGCAUUUGUCCCUGGGCUGACUGCCGCACAGCUUCUUAAAUCAUAACAAAGGACUGCUUUUAUUUCCUGGGAAACACUUAAAAAAAAUAAAUCCAGUAAUCUUGAUCAAUGAAGAAUGCACUUCUGAAGGAGAAGAACCAUCAAAACAAUCAAAUGCUGUUCAUUUCUCAUUGAACAAUGUGCACUGGCAUGAAUUUAAAGGACCUCAACGGAGACUCGGACCUGAAUUUUCCCUCUGACGUCCAUCCCUCAAAGACGUGUCCUGAAAUCACACACAACCUGCUCAUGCCUGAUAUGGUUUGCCUAUGUCCAUGAAAAUGUGGUUCCUUUCUUUAUGUUUGUCUUGUUAUGUUCCCUCCAGUCCAAAGCCAGCGUAAUCUUCACACAUUAUAAUGUUCAUUUAAAGCCUUUGAAAUAAAGCACAGGAAUCCAGUGGACAUAUGGUCAAAAAAAAAAAAAAAACCUGGGGAUAUGGUGUGCAGUUUCUCUCCCCUGAAAGCAUAGCAUUUGGUUACACAAUGAAAUGAAACAUCAGCCGUUAACAAUAGGAGAGGAAGUUAUAAAUCAGGUAGAUAAUGUCAUUAAAAGGCAGGCCUUGCAUACCCUCUGGGGCUCCACAUAAACAAAGUGUUGCAGUCUGACAGUUUAGGUUUUAGCUGUGAUCAAUUAUUCUUUUCAGGGGAGGAGUGUUCUGCUACACAUGAUUGAGCAGGUUUAGAAAAUGUUUUUCUUAGAUCAUAAAAAAGCCUCAGUUAAAAUUGAUAAGGCGGGGAAGGGGCUUGUAUUUUGCAAAAUACUUUAGCCUACGUUCCCAAAAUCAGCUAUUGAAAAAGACAACACUUCAUUGUAACUUUAGUUUGUUCCCCAUGAUUUAAGGAAUACAAGUUAUAGAAAGGCACUACAGAGACAUUUACUCUCAGUAUGAAGGGCUUCUUAAAUCACUCUGAUUGUAGUUUUGAAUCAUAGAUAAUGAAUAGUUAGAUUCUACUUCAAGCAGAGAAGCCUAGCGGGGUGACAUUUUACACUUAGUUUCUCUGCACUUGUCCCGCAUUAGUCAUACCUGACAUUUAUGGUGCACAAUUAGCUCGGCGUAAUGGCUUUUUACAGAAGGAAUGUGUACUCUCUGGAGCUUUGCCCCGAAAAUAGCACAACCGCAUUCAUUUCACUAAUAAGACACUUUUUGGCGUCGCUAGUCGCUGUCACACCCUGCAAGUAAACAAUCCAUUUUCCCAUCCUCUGCUUUAUGAAAAAAGACAAACAUGCAAGUUUGAUCUGUUGUGCUAAUGAAGAGUGAACAUUGUUCGUGUUCUCCCCCGAUCAGGAAGUUUCCAGUGCAUCGCAGUUAAAUUAAACUGCAGAUUUUAGAUUUUGUUUUUGGCUGCCUGGAGAGGUGAACAUCCUGCUGUGUUUUAAUUCAAGGCACUUGGAUAAUCAUAAACUGAAUUUUUAUUGAUUUGUUGGAAUUUGUUUUAAAUCCUACCCUAAGAUUCAUAGAAUACAAAGCCCAGUUAUUCAAACGUGUGGAAAUCCAUUUCUUUGUCUGUCCAGGAUCAGUUAAUCCAGUGCCAUUUUGUCCACAGGCUUUCAAAGAACAACUGGAUUGGCUCAACCUUUUCCAGAUCCAAACUUUGAAGCAAUAAAAGAAAUCUGGAUUACCAACGCUUUAAAGAGGACUUCACCCGACAUACGUUGUCCAUAGCGGGAGCAAAAACCCACUCAAACCAAAAGAUCCUCUAAAAUCUGCUCGAAAUCAAAUAUUAUUUGCUUCACAUCUUUUUGAUUCAUCCUUAUGGGAAGAAAAUUCCUGUAUUUUUUUUACCACCCUAUUUUUGUUUAUUGAAUCAGAAUAAUCCCAACCCCAUCCGAUGUUUUAAAAAACACAAAUUGGAGGUUAUAUCCAAUAUAAAACAAGAUUAACUGAUCCUAUUCAAUUCUGUUAUCUUUUUUCCUUCUUCUGAACAACCUGAUUUCAAAUCUUGAGGUUUUAAUUUAAACUGGGGGGGUUAAAACAACUGGGUCCUGGUCAUUUGAACGUUGUUAUUUCACUUUUAUUCUUUGGCCUUAUAACAUGUGAUCCUUCUUCACCACAUGUUCCUGUGGUAGCUCGUGAGCAACUACGUCAGCGCUCAUACACAUCACGACCAUCACUGUAACUAUACUGAAAAACUCAUUUCAUCACUUGGAGAGCGUAUUAUUGCUGAUAAUGAUGAACAUGCUUUGUGUUAUGUAGCGUGUCAAUCAAACAAUGUGUUUCUAUCCAGCUUCUUUGGCAACCUGGCAACCGUGCAAUGUGUUACAGCAGUAUAAGGGUUUUCAAUGCUGUUAUUUUCUUCUCAUUGUGAUGAGCUGAUGUACACAUUCACCCAACAAUGAUGUUUGCUGAAUGCAUUCCUCAAUGCCAGGGUGAUUAUGCUCCCUGUAUGUCGGAUUAAAGAAGAUAACAUCUUUUUUUGUUAUGUUUUGGGAUAUUUUUUCCUAUCUUGUGUGAAGGCAACAUGUACAUAGUGCAAAUAAAGACAUGUUCAAAUGUAAUGACAAUAAAUCAGAAAGGAAGGACGGCCUUUCUUAAAAGCAAA